UGCCGUGUUGUUUAUAUAUAUAUAUAUAUAUAUUAAUGACUUGUUCCUGAGGAUAAACAAACAAUUUCCCAUGUUUGACGAGCUUGAUCCUCUGCAAGCCAAUUACCUCUUGUCCCAAGUUUCUGCGACUCGGUCUCCCUCCCUCUCUCUCUCUCUCUCUCAUUCAUUUGUUCUUCCAUUCCUCUGCAUUUCCCUGGGAAAAGGCGAACAAGUUCGAAGAUUUUGCAGUUCUUGAGAUUGAAUUGCUCUGCUCUGCUGGGUCAGUGGUAAAUCAACCACUUGCACGGAGUUCGUUUUCCCAAUCUUUCUCUUCUCCGACAGGAAGUCGUGGUUUACAUUCGAGGCGUGGCAGCCGGUGGCGGUGUGCAUUAGGGGAGAUCGAGGAUGGUGGAGGAUUUUAUUACGAGAGCCCUCUUGAUGAUUCUGGGUUAUGCCUACCCAGCAUUUCAGUGUUUUAAGGCGCUGGAGAGACACAGGGCCAACAACGAUGAACUCCGGUUCUGGUGUCAGUACUGGAUAAUCAUGGCUCUCCUCACAAUCUUGGAAAGAGUUGCAGAUGUUAUCAUUUCCUGGCUUCCGAUGUACGGUGAACUGAAGCUCGCAUUCAUCAUCUACCUGUGGUACCCAAAGACGAAGGGGACAGGCUACAUAUACGAGGCCAUGUUACGGCCCUUCAUGACGAAUCACGAGACAGACCUCGAGAAGAAGCUACCCGAAUGGAGGGCCAAAGCCUGGGACUUGGCCAUUUUCUACUGGCAGAACUGCUCCGACUUGGGGCAGUCGGCAAUCUUCCAGGUCUUCGAGUACAUGGCCGGUCAGUCCGGGAAGUACUCCAAGUCUAGCAGUAAGAAAAGCAGCAAGAAGAGCUUGAGCCCGCCCCCGCCGCCUCCAAAUGACACUCCCACAUUCUACAAGCCGGGCAAGAACAUGAAACAUUCCCAGCCAUCGAGCAACAGCUCCACUUCUUCAUACCGAUCAACAUCAGAGACACCAAAGUCCAACCUUGUACAGGUGCAGCUCGAUGCAAAAACAGAAUACGUACAAUUUGUCGAUGACGCAAUGGAAAAUCUCAGCGGACCUGGCAGCGGCCCUAACUAUGAUAUUCCUGGUUCCCAUUCAAGCAAUAACAGGCUACACUUUCCUCGACUUAAGCUUAGGCACUCAAAAGCAUAGGAGCGAGGAUUGAAGAACAAACAAACAUUUGUACAAAAAAGCGAAUAGUUCGAAUUCUUCCCUGGAUUACCCAAGUAAUUAGAUUGAUUUCUUUUGUUUCUUGAUCAUCCUAUGUAAAGAUUGUUCCUAUUUUCUUACGGAAAAGUGGCAUUCAUUUAUGAACAUCAGAGGCUUCUGUA